GUAAUGUGGCCAAUAGUAAACUAAAUCGUAUACAUGUCUUGCAAACUUCCCUUGAAGGAUUACCUUGUUUAAGAAUCCAUCUGGAUUGUUUGGACAUGUCACAAACUCAAUGAAAUUUGUACUAGUACUAUCCUUGGUUUUGUUUUUCCACUAAACUCAUACUUCUUCGAAUUCAGUAGCUUUGUUUUUUAUUUGUAAACAUUGAUUCAGAGGAGAUUGAAUAUGCGUCAUCAGAAUUGGACAAAUCUGAAGAACAUCAGUAUUGUUUGAAGGAGUAAUAAUGCAGCCCAUUUUGUAAGGCCCAAAAACAUUUGGUUUGAAGAUUAGAAGAACGUGGAAACGGCUAAACUUUUGGCCGGAAAUGGCAAUUUGUGCUUCUGGUCCGUCCGGCAAAAUAGAUAAAACACUACCGGAGAUCAAUUUCCGAACAGCCGUUGUUCCUCCGGCCAACCUCCGCUCGUACUUGAGUUAUUCUAGUAUAAUGUUCUAUUAUUUCCAGGAUACAAUGUCAUAAUACUUUAUUACUCGUUGUUUUCUGGGUAGUGUUAUCUUUAUGGCACGCUCCUUACGAAAAGCUAUCACAGUUUGCUCUGUCUUCCGAAAAAGCUACUCUUCCAUUCUUGCUGUCGCUUCAAAUGCCAUCAGAUUGACCUACAAUAGCACAUAUGUUCCGCUAUAUUUGGGAAUGGAGUCCUCAAUUUCAUAUGAAAACUAUAAACCAGGGGGUGUGAUGUUUUCUCGACAGUUCAGUUCCAGGAGAGAGUCAGAGACAUUAUCUUGGGGAGUAUCAUCUGACGUUGUUUUGCUGGGAAAGCUUGAAAGUGCAUUGAGGAAUCACAACUUGGAAGAGGCUUGGGAAACCUACAAGGAUUUCAAACGUCUUUACGGUUUCCCUGACCCCUUUCUUGUAGAUAAGCUUCUCACUAAGUUGUCGUACUCAUCUGAUUCUAGAUGGCUUAAAAAGGCAUGCAAUAUAGUCGGAUCUAUUUUGAAAGAGAAAAGGGAGAUGCUACGCACAGAGUUAAUGACCAAGCUCUGCCUAUCGUUGGCUAGAACUCAAAUGCCCAUUCAAGCAUCAUCAAUUCUCAGACUGAUGUUGGAGAAAGGAAAUCUCCCACCUAUUGACAUGCUAGGGAUGAUAAUAUUUCACAUGGUGAAGUCUGAUACUGGAAUGAUUGUGUCAUCAAACAUUUUGAUUGAGAUAUAUGGUAGCUCUCAUCAAUUAACUACAAAGAAAUCCACUGAGUUAAAUAAACAUAAUACACUUCUUUUUAAUCUUGUUCUUGAUGCUUGUGCAAGAUUUGGAUCAUCCAGUAAAGGCCAUCAGAUUAUUGAGUUAAUGGCCCAAGUUGGAGUGACAGCUGAUGCUCAUACUAUUUCAAUUAUUUCCUUGAUCCAUGAGAUGAAUGGUAUGCGGGAUGAAUUAAAGAAAUUUAAGAAGCAUAUAGAUCAGGUUUCAGUUCCAUUAUUUUCCUGCUAUCAGCAAUUCUAUGAAAGUCUCUUGUGUUUACAUUUCAAGUUUAACGAUAUUGAUGCUGCUUCUAAUCUUGUACAAGAUAUUUAUGGAUUUCAAGUGUCGCAUCAUCAGCAGGGAAAUGAAACACAACCACCUAAACCGUGCCUUGUUUCAAUUGGCUCUGAUAAUCUGAGAACGGGAUUGAAAUUACGAAUUUUUCCCCAUUCAUUGUCAAGGGAUUCUGUUUUCAAUGUGGGACGUAAUCAGGUGCUUGUUAUGUAUAAGAAUGGGAAACUAGCCCUUAGCAACAGAGCAUUGGCCAAACUUAUUAUACAGUACAAGAGGUGUGGGAGAAUUAAUGAUCUGUCAAAGCUUCUCUGUAGUAUCCAGAAGAAGGGCUCAGUUGAAUCUAGCAGAAUGUGCUCUGAUGUGGUUUCUGCCUGCAUUUGCAUGGGUUGGCUUGAAAUUGCUCAUGAUAUUUUGGAUGAUUUGGAUUCUGAAGGAAAUCCGCUGGACGCUAGUUCAUACAUGUCUCUGUUGACUGCAUAUUGCAACAGAAAUAAGCUAAGGGAGGCAGAGGCACUACUAAAGCAAUUAAAAAGAUCAGGUGUCAUAUUAGCAUCUGAUCCAUUGUUAGCUCCUGCAUCUAUGUGUGAACUGGAAAGCAAGAAUAAGCUGAAAGAAUUAGACACUUCGGCGAAAGGGGAGCUGGCUUACCAUAUUGUUGAAGAAAUGAGAGCUGAAGAAAAUGAAGCUUCUUUUAUGAUGCAUGAUUUAAAUUUUUCAAUCUACUUUUUUAUGAAGGCUCACAUGGUUGAAGAUGCCGUAAGGGCUUACCGAAAAAUGCAGGCAAUGAAGAUCCAUCCGACGGUGUCAACUUUCAUGAAUCUGCUUAAUGGGUAUUCUUCUUUAGGGAUGUAUCGUGAAAUUACAAUCUUGUGGGGAGAUAUUAAAAGGAACAUGGAAAGUCGUAAGAACUUGAAUACCAGGGAUUUAUACGAGUUCUUGCUGUUGAAUUUUCUUCGAGGCGGUUAUUUUCAUAGGGUGAUGGAGGUUAUUGGUUUAAUGAAAGAAAAUGGCAUGUAUUUGGACAAGUGGAUGUAUAGACGUGAGUUCUUGAAAUAUCACAAGGGUCUUUACCUAAGAAUAAAAGUAUCUGAUGCUAAAAAUGACGUACAAACUCAGAGGAUUGAGCAUGUGAGGCACUUUAGGAAGUGGGUUGGCCUGGAUUAAUUCUUAUAGGUAUCAAGAAUAUUCUUCUUGCAUGCUGGGAAAGAGUCAAGACAAUAUUGAGCCAUCCUUUGCCAAAUUUUGACAGGCUUCUCUCCAUCUUUAUCUACCUGAGAUGUGCUGUACCUCUGGGGUAGGGGUCAUUGUUUCAUUGUAAAUUAUAUAUUUCACUCGAAGACAAAAAGUUGCAGGAAAGGACGUCUUUCUCUUCAGUUGUUCCAUUGGGUAUUGUAUCUAAUAGGUCAGUGCUCUUUAGCUUUUGUGGCAGAUUGUUGAAUUUGCAACUUUUGCAUCCACUCUGUGUUUGAUUUGUCAAGAAUAUUGAAGUUGGAAAUUAUAAAAUUUAAAGGAUCAGGAAACUGUGUUCUGAUUGGCACUCCAGAUGUGAUUUUAUGCUCCUUGUCAGUCUUGAGUAUCUCUUCGAGUCGGAAUUGAUACUCUGACAUGCGUGGAUAUUGAAAAUUAUUCAUGGCUCCAGUGUCUACUCCAAGCCUGUAGCUUUCUGUCAUGGAGCUGAAAAAAGUUGCUAAGGAGAUGUUGGACCACUGGGUAUGUUUAGCCAGAACUGGCUCUAUAAAAUAUUUUUUAGCUAAUAUUCAGUUCUCCUAGUUCUUUAUUUCCAAAGAAGGUCUCCGUAUAGUUUCAGGAAAAGAAGGUUUUCGUAUAACAGUCCUUGUUUUUGGUUUUGAUAUCCUUGACCUUUGACCAUCUUGCGGAUCAUAAAUACUAAUAGAACAUCGAAGAGCACUCUGUGGGAAUACAUCAUCAUUUAUCGGUGAUGGAAAAAGGGAUCUUGUUGCACUUGGACUUUACUUGUAGGUUUCUUUCUAGGUUUUAGUAAACUGCACGUAAUAUUUCUUAUUGUCAAGUAUUUUAGAAUGGAAAUGGCUGAAAGUUGGGAUCUCUUAUAGACCAACUAUUAUUUAGACCAACUAGUGGGAUAACCUAUGAUCUACCCGUGUUCCAUGGUGGUUAUCAGAAGCCAUUGGCUAA